CUUUCACGGGACCCUGAUAUUUGCACAGAGUCUAUGAAGGGAUGAAAAGGUAGGGCAAAAACAAUAUAAAAAGGGAAAAGGCCCAGCAUGAGAAACCCAUCUGGGCAAGCCAGAGGACUCUGGGACCAUGAGAGUAAGCAUCAGGCCUGUGCAAAGCAGCAGAUAUCCUUAGAGAUGCCCAACUCCAUAGCCACAGCUGAGAGAAUGUGGUUCUGA